CUAUAUAACCAAGUUUGCUUUUUCAGUGCAGAGGUGUAUGUACGUAUGCAUAACUAGCUUCAUACACCUGCUUACGUAUUUUUCCUCUCUGUUAAAAACAUCUGAUCCUCACCCGACUAUUUUUCAAUCGAGGAAGAAUAAUUUGUCAAAAAUUUGAAAACAAUGAGUUCUUCAGAAACUUAUAAAAUGACGUAUUUAAGUCAUCGUGGUAUGGCGGAACCGAUCAGGUUAAUGUUUGCCUACGCCGGGGUCAAGUACACGGACGAGAGGCUUACACAUGAAAGUUUACCGGCAAGAAAACCUGAGCUUCCUUGGGGUACGCUGCCCGUCUUGGAGGUACGUCCAGGUAAAUCUGAGACUACGUUUGUCCUCGCUCAGGUGGCCGCGAUUGGAAGGUAUCUCGCUAAAAAAUUCGACUUGGACGCCAAAACGGAGGAAGCCGCUGCUAAAUGCGACGAGUAUGUGGACGCCGUAAAAGAUUUUGGUCAAGAAUUCGUUAACUGGGUCAAGUUCUCCGACGAGGAUGCAAAAGCGGCGCAAAUUUUGGAAAUCAGAGAAAAACAUGCCCCCCAUUAUUUUGCGAAAUUUGAAGCUAUUCUUUCUAAAAACGGGGCUGGUUGGCUGGUCGGGAACAGGAUGACCUGGGCAGACAUUUUUGCAGCGAACCAUCUCUAUAACUGGGCUAAAUUUUUAGGAGAUGGGAAUAUGGACGGGUUCAACAGGGAUUUUCCCAAUAUUACAAAACUUACGGAGAACGUCUUUGCACACGAGGGGAUUGCAAAGUGGAUUAAGGAAAGACCGGAUACUCCUUUUUAAUGUUUGGUUAUAACAGAUCUUAUUGUGCUAAAUAUGUGUUCAUCACAUGUGAAUGGAAUUAAUAUCUGUCGUCACCGAAGUUCAAAAAAGUUUGGCUCUUGAAGGUUUAAAAUGCUACAUAUUCUCUCUAACAAAAAACAUAAAAAAAAUUGUAAAUGUGUUUACACAUACAUAUUUUUUAUAAUAUGUACAUGAAAAUAAUUUCUGACAGUAAAUUCGGAGCUCUUACUUAUGCAAAAUUGUCAUGGCAAAAUACACUCUAAAAAAUCCGGUAAUGAAUUCAUAAUACCGCGUAUUACCGCCUGUGUGGUAAGAUUAGGUACUACCAUCAGCGGCAGUUAGGGCAUGCAAUACCGGUAUUCGAGUACCGGUAUUCACCGGUAUUACCGAAUACCGAAUACCGGUAUUGACGAGCUCAAUACCGGUAUUCAAGUUAAAAAUUUUACGUAUUGAAAUCAUCUUUUAAGUAUAAGUAGACAUUUAUUUUUAAAGUUUCAACAAUUGUCAAAAAAUACUUGAGAAUUUGACACCUCGAUAACUUAUAGUAUUAAAGGAACUAUAUUUUGGGGCCAUCUAAAAAGGAUUUUUUUCUCAUUUAAAUGGAUAAAAUUCCUGAAGCUACUUUUGGCCAUUAGCAAAUUUUUUUGGACCCAUCUAAAUUUCCAUAUGGCGACUUAAUUAGAUAUUCAUAUUUAUAGUACAAAGUUUUGUAAAAGCAUGAUAACCAAACAAGAAAGUACAUUUUUGUUAAAUUUUGA